UGCAUUUCCUUCGUUGAGAUUCGUGUUUAGGCCCGAAAAAUAUACUCCAUUUCUCCCGAUGAGUUACACCGUAGAUGGUAGUCUCUCAAUGCCUCAGCAAUUCCCUUCUCUUUUCCCCUCCGGGCACGCUUUGAAGUGAGGCCGAUGAGUUCCCCCGAGCGAUCGCCACCGCCUCCGCCUCACAACACCCCCGAGAGGCCGGAGUCCCCGGAGCCGGCGGUCACGGCGCUGGCGGUGGCUGGCCGGCUGAGCCUGGACGAGUUAGCCGUCAUGGUGAGUGUUGUCGAUGGCGGGGAGGGUGGCGGCCGUGUCUCGAGGAAGGCGGAGAAUGGUCUCGGGGCGGUGAUGAGGGCGGCGCUCGGACUUAGGGUCUCCGCUGCGUUACUGUGUCUCGUGUCGUUCUCGGUCAUGGUUGCAGACAACACCGAGGGGUGGGCCGGCGACUCCUUCGGCCGAUACAGCGAGUACCGAUACUUGGUUUCUGUCACUGCGAUUGCUUUCGGCUACUCAGCGUUCCACAUUUACGCGAAGGUCCACCAUGUGAUACUGAAGAAAUACAUCAUCCGCAGUCCGAUCAAUUACUACUUCGACCUCACAAUGGAUCAGAUACUGGCUUACCUUCUGAUUGCUGCAUCCUCUGUGGCUGCCUCCCGUAAUGAUCUUUGGAUGUCUAGAUUCGGAAGUGAUGAAUUCAUGGACAUGGCAAAUGUGUCUAUUGCCAUCUCAUUCCUAGCUUUUGUUGCCCUCGCUUUGAGUGCACUCAUCUCGGCGCACAAUUUCUUCCGUCGGAGUUCUGGUGUCACAUCACAGAUGGAACACCUGUGAUGCUAUGCUGCACAAAAUUAAUAUAAAUAGAUCUACUUUGUCCAAUUACCAUGGAAGAUGGACUUUUUGAAUCACUUGUUCCAGUCAUAUGCAAAAGCUUAGGAGUGGAAGAAUGUUGGAUGAAUUGUCUUAAAGGUUGCCAUAUGUUCUUGCUCAGCCCGUCACAGCUAAGCUGAAGGUUGGAUGCGACAUCAUAUCCUAGAAAUGUUCUACAUGUAAAAUACAUAAACCAAAGUAUUGUGGGAUUGGAUGAUCUGUCGGUGUUCUUCGGACAUAAUGUUUGCUCAUUGCCAAUCCGUUUUCCUUUUGUGUAGAUUUUUAUUGAAUUGCACAUGGUUACGAGGAUGUA